AUGGAACCAGAAGCCGGUACUUCGAAGGAUCAAGAUGGGAAUGUUUCAGACACUAAUUCAGUGGAAGCCAUUGAACAAAAGAUUCUUGCAUUGGCUCAAGCUUGACCAAAAGGUAUAUCGGACAAAGAUUUGACAAUUGAAAUACCAGAUUUGCAGCCUGCUCAAAGAGCCCAAAUUAUAAAUAAACUGUUAUCUCUGGGUCAUUUUGACUUAUUUAAACAAGGUGGUUCCUUGUUGUAUCGUUUAACAGAUCCUUCCAAAGCAAAAAUAGCAAAAGGUGCAGACAAUGAAGAAAAGAUUGUCAAUACCAUAAUUGAAGAAGCAGGAAACAAGGGAAUAUGGAUUAGAGACAUACGAUUCAAGUCUAACUUAAUGCCAACCCAGUUGAAUAAGAUUUUGAAAAGCUUAGAAACUAAAAAAUUUAUCAAAGCUGUCAAGUCUGUAGCAGCAAGCAAGAAGAAGGUUUAUAUGUUGUAUAAUUUGGAACCAGACACAUCUGUAACAGGUGGUGCCUGGUAUCAAGACCAAGAUUUUGAGGCAGAAUUUGUAGAUGUUCUCAAUCAGCAAUGUUAUAGAUUUUUAGAAAAGAAACGUGAACAAAUGAAUUCUUGCAGAGGUGGACCAAUUGCAGCUAGAAAUGUUACAUUUGCUUUAUCCAAAGAAGUUUGGAAGUUCAUUUCUGAUCUAGGAAUAAGCAAG